UGUUCAAAGCAGGGGGAAGCUCUGCUAGUACUGAUGUGGUAUGGCCCAACUGCAUGGCACAACCAGGCCAUCUCCAGGCUAUGGUGGAUACAGUGGGUAUGGCGGCUACGGGUGGUUGGAGAGACACAGCAGGCAGAAACAGGAGGCUUCAACAAGUGCUGCACGAAGCCAGGAGUCAUUGCCAAGAAGGCCGGUUGGCACUCCUAGACAGGUGGUUGUGAUCAGCUUGCAAUCUCGAAGUCCAUCACCUGUCAGCCAUAGGGUUUCCAGAUUUUCAACGACAAUGACAACUCCAGUGCAGGUGGGCAGAGAGGCGCGCACAGCACCUAGUACUCCUGCGCAGACCUACCGCGGUGUUUCUUCAGGCAUUGUGGCCGCACCGAAGAGUCAGUGCUUGGGAACGCCGCGCAGUAGUGCCACCCUGAACAGAACUUCAAGGAAACCCGUCGUGCUUCCGGCCUGGCCUUCACUGGCCGCAUGGACUACGUAUCAACCUGGUCAGCUAAGUACGAGUGCUGGCACUCCCGAGCAGAGAACAGUUGGAACAGUUUCCACGCUGGUGAAGCGACAAGUGUCAACAGCAUCUGCUGUUGAGAGGCAAAUAUCAACAGCUUCAGCACCUGUGACAGAGCAGUUCUCCAAAGCUGGGACUUUGCUGAGUCACGGCCGAAGCCUUUCGUCUUCGGGUCGAUUCAGUUCGACCUUGGCUUGGUCGCCGCGAACUGUGGCAUCAAGUUUUCAUUUGUCUCCACGCGUGCAGAAGUUUGUUCUGAAGCCAUGCAGUUCCUUUCCAAGUGCUACAACUCCACGUGUGCCGCCGGUUGUACAUAUUGACCUCACAAGUGCACAGACACCAGCUGCUUCUCAAGUCAAGGCCACCCCUCGUUCUGGAAGGGAGCUGCGAGCUCGAGCCAUCUCUCCACGAGAGGCCAAGAUAGAAGCAGUGCCCCGCUCAAAGGCAAUCGGGUCAGAAGAUAGUGAUGAGGAUAGUGAUGAAGUGAAGGAGCUGAGCUCUGAUAGUUGGGCCAUGGCCCGGCAUCGGGAGGACGGACGCAUGCCAAGCGCAGAGCGGCAGCUUUGCCGCUUGCCUGGAACUGUAGUUCUGUGAGGCGAUGCCUGUACUGCCAUAAUCUGCCAUAGUUUUGCUGCGCAGAUUCUGAAAAGAUUUGGUUCGACAAUUAAACUGCUUGGCACAACUAUAGCAUGCUGUAGCUUGGAGUUUUCAAGUGCAAGCGACAGUGGAGCCCUUUUGCCCAUCUUUCAAAACUCCAAGCAGGCAAUCUUUUAGAUUGGCAAUGAUGACAACGCAAGUCUCACCCGAUGAAUUCUGCAGUGUUCAAAAUGAA